AUUGUGAUUGGAAAAGGACUGUCGAGAGGGUCCGGAAAACACAGUUUUACUGUUAAAAACAAGGAACAUUUACCUAUACAUUUUACAAGAAAUGUACAGAAAGCCAUUGAUAAAUAUACCUGUGAAUCCGUGUCAUCGUUUUCAUCGAGCGGAACCGCCACCCCCACCGUGGCACACAACUCUUGGUCUGGGACCCAGAGUUCCACCACUGGCUUAUCUACCGAAAGAAGCUCGGUUUACUCUUGGAGAGAUGAUGAGUUUGACAAAGGCAAUGCACAGAAAGUGCAGCAGUUAUUCUGGGAGGUUGAGGAAAUGUUAUUUGAAGGGAAAGUAAGCGCUCAGACACAGAAUCUACUGGUGGAAUGCAGUGAGUGGGCCAGAAGAUCCCUCCACCUGAGAGUAUUAGGAAGACAGCUCAUCUUGCCAACUGAUGAAGGCUUCCAGCAUUUUCAGGGCAGAGUAUCCAGUUCUGUAGACCACAAACCCUCACGCGAGGCCUGUGAACGCAACAGCAACAGAGAGCUGUGCAUCUCCGGCUCUCACAUUGUCCCAGCCACAUUCUCAUCACCUGCCCUGCUGGGGGCUGAGUGUGCAGGGAGCACUGGCCUGAGGACGUAUUCACUUCUGGAAGAAGAGAUUUACGAUGUAGACGGAAAGAUUGAAGAAUAUUUCGCUUUUGACGGAAAAGAAGAUGACAAUGGAUGUCUUGAGCAAAAAAAUAUUCAACGUGUUAGAAAGUGGCACAAACACGGACUUCCUCCCAUUUCCCCUCAUGACUGUAUCAAAGAUGCGGUGGCUGCAGAGGUGUUUGAUCACGUCUGGCGAAAUGUGGUAGAGCUAAUGGAAGAGCUGGUCAGAAAUCACUGGGAAACUACAAUCACAGGAAAAAAACAGAAAGCAAAAUCAAAAGGACCUGAAAAUAAAUCUCAACACAUGCUCAUUUCUCGUUUUAACACUGAUACAUCAAGUGUUCCCCCAUCCAGAAGUUCUGAAACUCGAAGUAUAUCCCUGGCUUCUCAUCUUAUUUCACCCCAGAUUCAUCGCUUUUCCAACAAUUUUUAUAGUGAUUUGAAUGGUGUGAUGACAAUUCAAGCUAAGCCACUUCAGCAGAGACCUGCCUAUUCAGAGAGAACACAUAAUGAACAAGAGGACAAAUCAACAGGGCUAGGGGCCAGCGCACCUCCGUCAGCACGUCACAGAUUUGGCAGAGUCUCAGAGGCCCGUGGACUACAGACUUCUUCCAAGAAAACACCCAAGCACAGGAGAUUGCCUUCUCUUACUUCAGAUUCACAAAGAAUUAAAACUCCCAAUGUAUACAGCGAUGAAAUUCUUAGGGGAACAAAACUGCAAACUGGUACAGACCAUCUGUCUUCCCCAGUUCUAACCUCACGGAACAGGCUACCCCCAAUAGGCUCAGAGACCAGUGAGCAGAAUGCGGCAGUUCCUGGAUCCCACCCUGUUUCUUACAGAGGGAGGAAUCCACAAAAUCGUGUGUUAAGUGCAAUGCCUGACUGUAUAGAACGAUCGCCUCUCCGAGAAAGAACUGUUUCUCUGGACCAGUUUUCAAGGCCCAGCACUACCCAUACCUUCCAGUCAGAUACCCCUCGAAAAAGUUCACUGACACCAGUGGAAUUUGCUGGCCACACAUGGACAGGUCAAAGUUUUCUCACAGGUUCACAGUAUCCACCUAAAUCAUUUCAAAGGACAACCUUGACUUCAAGGAAGCGAUUCCAAGUGGCAUCUUGA